AUGGCACCCCCUCAGGAAGCUCUUGACUUUGUCGACUUUGUCAAUGCGUCACCAACUCCUUAUCACGCCGUUCAAUCUGCAUCAACCCGCUUCGAAAAGGCUGGCUUCAAGCUUAUCCGUGAGCGCGACUCGUGGGCUUCGACCCUUCGUCCCGGCGGAAAGUACUAUCUUACUCGAAAUGCAUCCACUAUAGUUGCUUUCACUAUCGGCCGAAAGUGGCGUCCCGGUAACCCUGUCGCCAUCGUUGGUGCUCAUACCGAUUCUCCCUGCCUUCGACUGAAGCCUGUUUCUAAAAAGACCAACGUCGGCUUCCUCCAAAUCGGUGUCGAGACAUAUGGUGGUGGUAUCUGGACCUCGUGGUUCGACCGUGACCUGAGUAUCGCCGGUCGUGUUCUGGUCAAGGAAGGCGAAAACUUUGUUCAGAAGCUUGUAAAGGUCGACAAGCCUUUGGUGAGGAUUCCAACCCUUGCUAUCCACCUCCACCGACAGACCAACUUCGAUCCCAACAAGGAAACCGAGCUUUUCCCCAUUGCGGGACUUGUGGCAGCCGAGCUGAACAAGGGUGUUAAGGAAAAGUCUGAGGAGAAGAAAGACGAGGACGAGGAAGAGGAGUUCAAGCCCCUGAAGGUGAUCACUGAACGACACCACCCUCAGGUCCUCGAUGUUAUUGCAGCCGAGGCAGGAGUUGAUGUCUCUGCUAUUGUGGACUUUGAACUUGUGCUCUACGACACUCAAAAGUCAUGCAUCGGUGGUCUUGCCGACGAGUUCAUCUUCUCUCCCCGUCUUGACAACCUUGGCAUGACAUAUUGUUCAGUAGAGGGGCUCAUCGAGUCGGUCAAGGACGAGUCUUCUCUUGAGGAUGAUAGCACUAUUCGUUUGACUGUCUGCUUCGAUCACGAAGAGAUUGGUUCUACAUCUGCCCAGGGUGCCAACUCUAACUUACUGCCAGCUGUUAUCCGCCGCCUCUCAGUUCUUCCUGGAAACAGGGAUGCCUCUAGUGAGGGUAGCUACGAGGCUGUCCACCAUGAGGGCGAGGAAGCUACUGCAUACGAGCAGACUCUAUCGAGAUCGUUCCUCGUAUCUGCUGAUAUGGCUCAUUCUGUACACCCCAACUAUGCUGGGAAGUACGAGUCGUCUCAUCAGCCAGCCAUGAACGGUGGCACUGUCGUCAAGAUCAAUGCUAACCAACGAUAUGCCACCAACUCGCCUGGAAUCGUUCUUAUUGAGGAGUGUGCUCGCACAGCUGGUGUCCCUCUUCAACUUUUCGUCGUUAGGAACGACUCGCCCUGCGGUAGCACCAUUGGCCCUGGUCUCGCUGCUGCUCUGGGUAUGCGAACACUGGAUCUCGGCAACCCGCAGCUCAGCAUGCACAGCAUCCGUGAGACCGGAGGUACUGCAGAUGUAGGCUACGGCAUCCGGCUAUUUAAGGAGUUCUUUGAGAAGUAUGGAUCUUUGGAGCCCAAGAUUCUCAUUGAUUAA